AUGGCGCAUUCCAAGCGCAACACCUCCCUUCCUCACUUCACCGCAUAUGAGCGGGGCCUGCUCCGCGCCACCUGGGGCACGAAGCGCAGCGUGAUCGGCCGCGACAGCUUCCUCCCCUUCGCCUCAUGCAAGCUGUGCCUACAGCCCGCGCGGGCGCCUGUCGUCGCUUGCGCCACGGCCGGCGACCUAUUCUGCCGCGAGUGCGCCAUCAACGACCUCCUCGCGCAGCGGCAGGAGAUCAAGCGGCUCGAGCGCGAGCGCGACGACGCAAAGAAACGCCUCGCCGAGGACGAGGCGCACAUGCUGGAGGAGGCCCGCGCGAAGGACCUGCGCGAAUUUGAGCUCAUCUCGAUGGGAUUGGAGGCGGCAACGAAGGGCGGCCGCAAGCGCAAGGCUGACGAGGAGAGUGCGUUGGCGGCGUUCAAGGCACGGGAGGUCGAGGUCAACGGCGUACGGAAGAAGGUGUUUGAGAUGGAUGAAAAGGAGAUGGCCCGCGUGGCGCGGGACGAGCAGGAGCGGCUGAAGCGGGAGAUGAAGCGAGAGAAGUCCGAGUCCAGCAAGUCCGCACUCCCGUCGUUCUGGGUGCCGUCGUUGACGCCGACAACGGAUGCAAAUGAAAUUGCCGCCAAUAAGUCGGUUAAAUUGGCACCGGUCUGUCCUGGGUCGACGGAGACGAAGAAACACAACUACUCGCUCAAGUCGCUGGUCGACGUUCAUUUCACCGAAGAGAAGGCUUCUGAUGGCACAGUGUCGCGAGUAUGUCCGAGCUGCAAAAAGAACCUGAGCAAUGGGCUCAAAGCGAUGCUGACGAAGCCCUGCGGCCAUGUGAUUUGCUCCCCGUGCGUUACGAAAUUUAUGACUCCCCACGAUGUCCCCGACCCCCAUGCUUCAAAAGAAGAGCAGGCGCGGACGGCCGCCCUUCAUGGCCAGAUCCUGUGCUAUGUGUGCGAGACGAAUAUUACUCCGACGACUUCAGACAAGCCCACAGGCGACGGGGACGAGGGCAGCAGUACGAAAAAGAAGUCGAAGAAGAAGGAUAGGGACGCGAUUCGGCCGGGUCUCGUGGAGAUCAGUUCUGAAGGAACUGGAUUUGCAGGUGGCGGCGGGAACGUCGCUACGAAGAGCGGUGUUGCAUUCCAAUGCUAA